CCAAAUGUUGCCCUGUUAGGAAGUGCGGCGCAUGUUGCCAGAAAGCCUGAUCCUGGACCAGCUGUCGACCAGCAGUGAACAGCCGUAGACCGAGUAAAGCCAACUGGAGAUCGGUUGUCAAGAGGUCCCAAUUGUUUCGGCGAGACUAAAGAAUGUAUGUAACCUUAAUUCGGUGAGAAACGCCGUGUUUUGUUGCUUACACAAAGGUCCGAGUCUGGAACGCCGCUGAUGCAAGAUGACCUAAACGUGGAUCUGAGUUCCCAGGCAGUCUUUGACAGUGUUGACAAGACGGGAAAAAAUUGUGUACCAGCAGGGAAAAGCCGCGUUACUCCCAUCCACUUGCGUCCGGAUCUACUGGUUCCCUGCGCAGACCUGGUCAACUCCGAGUGGAAGAGGAGCCAAGCCGCCCGCGUUCACUCCCUGCAGAAAUCCUGCCCGGAUUUCCCCGUCUGCCUGCUGCUGCUCCUGCAGGGUCCGCAAGAGGCCGAGAGGCUGCUCGGACACGCCCGCCUCUCAAGGGUUGUCGGCCACGACCACAGCCUGUUUGUGGAGUCGGUGGUGGUGUCCAAGGCGGAGCGAGGGAAGGGCUACGGCCGAACUCUGAUGGAGGAAACCGAGUUGUACGCCAGGAGCCGAGGCUUCAAGCGCCUGUGUUUGACCACUCACGAUAAGCAGCGCUUCUACGCCCGCCUGGGCUACACGCUGUCCACGCCCGUGCAGAGCGCGGGCGCCAUGGCGUCGUUUGUUCCCAUGGAGACCCUGCUCAGGUUCUCCGGGGUACCAAACGGAGGGGUUAGCGUGCAGAAACAAAGGGAUGCUCAAGUCCAAAAGAGGACUCCGCCUCCAGCUCCGCCUCCACCUCCUAUCUCCUUCAUCCCUCCCCUGCCAUCAGAAGCAUCACCUGUGGUUCAGUCCCUCACAGAAACCCCUCACAGAGACGCGAAGGGGAUGUCCAUUUUCUGGAUGCACAAAGACCUGUGAAGGACACUUUGGGAGGAAGGAAAUUAUCGUAAACCCUCAAAAAGGAAGAAAUAGCACUAUAGCGGGUUUUUUUAAGUGCUGUACAUCCAUCUUGUAGUGUGUACACCAGGGGUGGGCAAUUAAUUUUUACCGGGGGCCGCAUGAGCUACCCGAGCACUGCUGGAGGGCCACAUCGACAAUAUUUCAAUUAAAUUUUGCUCAAUAUUAUUUUUGAUAUAUACCGUAAGAUAAAUAAUAAUAAUAAUAAUUAAUAAUAAUAGUAAUACUUCAACAUAGUGUGUGUAACAGCAUUCCAUGACUAAUAUAAAUAAAUUAACAUUAAUAAUAAAUGACAGUAAAAUAAGCACACGUAUGACUGAGGAGUCAUAGUGUAACUUUG